UUGCAGACGCCUUUAUUUCGUGCAUAAAUCGUUUUGGGCGACUAGACAUCGUCGUCAACAACACGGCUGACAUGGAGCUCGACGUAUCAAUCGACGAUCGGGACGAAAUGAACGAUGCGAUCAUGCGUGUUCACUAUGGUGGAGUGGUCAGUGGAACGCUUCUAGCAAUCAAGUACAUGGGAGCCCCGAACGGAGGCAGAGGCGGAACUGUGGUGCAGACCACGUGCUGCGGGUCGGCGACAAAUAACAUUGUCGGGUACACGAAAGUGAUCGGUGUAAGUUUAUUGAAAUGCAGUGGAGCAUGCAUGGUGAUGGGGUGGGUAGAUCACCCUACCCAUGGAAGUUGAACCUUGGUUUAUUUAGUUGUAUGUAUUUACAAUAAUUGUACCUAGGUACUCUAGUAUACAAUACAAUUUUGUAAAAUUAGAAUAAAUUAAAAAUAUUACUGAAAAAACAAAAC